AAUAGCCUUCGUGAAUGAUACGUAUUUUUGUGAGUUAAAGCGAUGUUAUGCUUUUGGGAAGCAGCAUCCUGCAGUGACAGAGAGCUGCAUAGGAGGUCUGGUUACUGGAGCCUCGCCCACAAUUAGCACUAUGGGUAAGAGGCUCUACAGCAGGGUGUAUAUUUCAAUCCCCUCUUCCAGUCCCAGCAUCUUUAUUCCUCUCAGGACCUCUUACCCCUUUUUUCCAGCAGGCUUGGCUUAGUAUCCUCAUCCCAGUUGCUCUCCAUCUCUCCCAAUCUGCCUCCCUGUCCGCUGUGCAUGUAGUGCCUGCGUCACUCCUUUCAGCAGAUGGAGAAGAGGAGGAGGAUGAGGGGGAGGGGGAGGGUAAGACAGAGAGAGAAAGGGGAGGAGGAAAAGGGGAGCUGUAUCCCUCUCUUACAUUGGCGUCAACAUCACUGCCAUGCCAGCCUUCGUCACCGGAAAACGACGAGGAAGAUCAACGCACAACAGAGCUGGGGGAAUAAAACAAUAUCAGCAGCAGCAGCAGCAGCAGCAGCAGCAGCUCCUCCUCCUCCUCCACCACCACAAGACGUGCAUCCACAGAUCAGACUAAAAGGACUCUGCCUUUCCUGGGCAUCUAAAAGCUUCACAAGGCAGGAGGAGCUCUCCCAGGCAUGACCUGAGGAGGAGAGGCAGGAAGCCGUUGGACACUCGCCGUCAACAUGGGCAACCAGGAGGCUAAGCAAAAGAAAGCUGCGUUAGCGUCGGGUAAUGGAAGCUACCCUUCACUGGAUGAAGGAUGGAGAGAGGGAGGAGGGGAUACGACAAAAAAGGGUGGAAAGAAACAUGGUAAGCAUGGAGGUAAAGGAGCAGGCAGCAGUGGAGGAGGAGGAGGAGGGGGGAUGCAUUGCACAGGACCAGGAAAGAAGAAAAACAAAUCUGAGUCCAAGUCCUCUGUUUUCUCUAUCCGGAAAAGAAAGGGCAAUCUGAAAGGGAAAGGAGAUGUGUGCUCAUCGGUGACAGGCUCAAAGGAGGACGUUUUAGCAUCUCAACAUGAUGAACUGGACAGCACAAAAACACCCGAAAUGUCUGCAGAUGAGCUCGGACAGUCGGACACCGAGGGUGCUUUCCCUGAGAAGAAAAAGAAACCGGGGCAAGGGAAAAAGGAUGCAAAUGGAGGAGAACAGAAGCAGGAGGUGCAGCGGAAAGCCUCGACAACAGCAACAUCACCCACAGAGGAUGGAGGGCAGAAGGGAGGGAGCUCGGGGUCUGAUACAGAUAUCUACAGCUUCCACUCGGCGGCUGACCACGAGGAUUUGCUAGCAGACAUCCAGCUCGCUAUAAGGCUCCAGCACCAGCAGCAUGGGGGGGUUAACUCGAUUGCAGAAGCGCAGAAAGGGCAAGAGUUGAACUGGGGAGGAGGAGAGGUCAAAGGGAAGCAGAGUAAUGGGGUAGUUAAAUUAACUCCUCCUGAGGUGAUUGACCUGACCCCGGAGGAAUUAGAACUGGGCUCCGAUGCUCUGUCGUUCCUGGAGACGGGGACCCUGUCUGGCUCUGUCAAGCACUUGGACCAGCCGGAAACACUACACAUCCCCCUCCACACAGAGGUGCACGAGAGCAGGGAGAAGGAGAAGGAAGAGGAGGUUGUGAAGCAUCCGGAGCUAAAUGUGACGGGGCAGGGGAAGAGGGAGAGAGAAGCCCCUCUUUGUGUUGCCACAGGCACAAAAGACCAGCAUGCUUGGCUGCAGCAGCCCCCUCACACAGACAUCACCAUGGCUACUGCGAGGGGGGCAGCAGUCAGCCCGGUCACCAUGACAACCAGCCGUAACAGCUUCCCUGUUCUCACAUACGACAGCAAUGGGAAAAUCUCAGGGGAGGAGGAGGAAGCAGGGGGUGAAACCCGGCAGGAGGAUGAGAGGGAGCCUGAGGUGGAUGCGGAUGUCAGUCUUCCACCUGCAGACAGCCAAAACAAAAGUCCUGAUCCCACUGAGGGGCUGAGCUCAGGGACCGUGUUUGAAGAAGGUGAGGGUCACUUGGGCUCGGGUACCAGUGCAGAGUCCCUAGAGGACUGCCUGAGUGCUGGAUCUGAAUCCAACCACUCUGCCGCUGCCAGCACUAGUGCCUCCCCCUCCAGUCAACAGUGCAGCAGGAGCAGUGUGUGCUUCGCCACGCUGCCUCCCCAGGAUAGCCCCACGUCGGCCAAACGACUCCUCAGGUCCACCCACUCUUCCAACUCCUCUAGCCCCGUUGUGAAACCCUACCCUCCCAUCUUCCCCUCCUAUAUCAAGACCACCACCAGACAGCUCAGCUCCCCAGGACAGUCCCCAGCCCUGUCCCCCUCCCACAGCCCCCUGUCCCCGCGCAGAGCCCACCAUCACCUCCACAGGACUAUGGCCGACGGUCACCAAGUUCGUAGGCAGCGCUCGCGCAGCCUCGCGGGGACUCUGAGUCGCUCAGCUGACUGGACUGAGGAGCUUGAGAGGAGGCUGAGGAGCAGAGAGGAGGAUGGAGGAAGCCCCGGAGGUUCAGGAGAAUAUCUGCUGGGCUACAGAGGAGGCGGCAGCCAGCCCAUCUGUGCUACCAGAAGAUCCUCCUGUGGACAGGUUUCUACCUGCGGCUUCCAGGACAUCUUCACAGGUCGAACUCUGCUGGAGAAGCUGUUCUUGCAGCAGCAGCAGGAGGAGCCGGAGGAAGCUGAAAGGCUGUGCUCCAGAAUCUUGGCCAUGGGUCUCCUGCUGCCGUUCACUGACUGCUUCAGAGAGCAGCUAGGAGGCAGCACCACCCACAUCAGCACCACAGCAUCCACCAAGUUUCAUCAUGACCAGUUGUAUACAUGGGCAGCAGUCAACCAGCCAACACACUCUCUGGAUCCUCUGGAGGUGAAGCUACCAGGGCAGCUGAAGGGCCCCUGGCCUCCAGCCAAGCCAGGAGCAGACAGUAAGACUGGACUCAAAUCCACAGAGGCGGAGGACAAUCGAGAACACCAUGCAGCCGUCUUGGGUUCAAAGCAACAACAAAAGGAGAGCCAAGAGGUGGAGUGCGUUCUUCCUUCCACAAAACUGAAAGAAAAACACGUCAACGUCAUCCAACAGCUGGAACAAACCAUAGAAGACCUCAGGACUAAGAUAGCAGAGCUGGAGCGACAGCCCCCUCUGCUGGACAGAGACGGUGUGAAAGCCCCCCCCUCCACCACGGACAGGGAGUGUGGAGGGGAGGAGAGCUUGCUGAGGGCCGUGUGUGACGCUCACCUGCAGACUGAAGCGGCGGCCACGCUGGGCUGCCUGGAGGCCAAGUCUGUGCAGACCUCACCCAUGGAUGACAGCUUUAAGUUCAAAGUGCCUUGUACUGAGCCGGGCGGAGACAAGGGCGUCCCGCAGCCUCCACCCAGGCAGGAUGGCUUUCCGUGUUCCUGUCAGCUGCAGCCUCCUCCACCUCCUCCACCUCCCCUUCCAGGAGGAGUUCCACCUUUACCAGGACAGACUGUGGCACCUCCUCCUCCCCCACCUCCUCCUCCGCCAUUACCAGGGGGCUUGAUGCCAGCUCCUCCACCUCCUCCACCUCCACCCCCAUUACCCCCUGGUUCAGCAGUUCCUCCACCUCCACCCCCACCUCCUCCUCCUCUUCCUGGUGGCAUUGCUCCGCCUCCACCUCCUCCUCCUCCUCCACUCCCUGGUGGCCUUGCUCCACCACCUCCUCCUCCUCCUCCUCCUCCUCCUCUUCCUGGCGGCAUGGCUCCACCUCCCCCGCCAUUACCAGGAGCAGGAGGCCCACCUCCUCCACCACCACCUCCAGGCUGUGGACCUCCUCCUCCUCCCCCGCCUCCACCAGGAGGCACGUGUGUUCCUCUGGCUCCACCAGGGGCUCUGGGCUCCCUGCCUCCUCCUCUGCCGCUGGGCCUGUACGCUCUGGGUCUGACGCAGGAGAAACCACCCAGGAAGGCUGUAGUAGAGCCACCCAGACCCAUGAAGCCCCUCUACUGGACCAGGAUCCAGCUGACAGCCAAAAAGGAGGCUCCUUCUCCAACAGUGUGGGAGAAUAUUGAGGAGCCUGACGUGGACUUUGAGGAGUUUGUAGAGUUGUUCUCCAAAUCGGCCGUGAAGGUGAAGAAGCAGCCGCUCUCUGACACCAUCACCAAGUCCAAGGCCAAACAGGUAGUGAAGCUCCUAAACAACAAGCGUUCUCAGGCAGUAGGAAUACUGAUGUCCUCCCUGCACCUCGACAUGAAAGACAUCCAGCAUGCCAUCCUGAACUUGGACAACACAGUAGUUGACCUGGAGACCCUGCAGGCCCUUUAUGAAAAUAGGGCGCAGCAGGAGGAGCUGGACAAGAUUGACAAGCACAUCAAGUCCUCAAAAGACAAGGAGAAUGCCAAACCUCUGGACAAACCUGAGCAAUUUCUCCACCAGCUCUCCCUGAUCCCGAACUUCUCUGGCAGAGUGUUCUGCAUCCUCUUCCAGUCCAGCUUCUCUGAGUGCAUGUCGUCCAUAACGAGAAAACUGGACACACUGCAGAGGUUAUGCAAGACGCUGCAGGACAGUGAGACUGUGAAGCGGGUUCUUGGUCUGAUUCUGGCCUUUGGUAACUUCAUGAAUGGUGGAAACAGAACCAGAGGCCAAGCUGAUGGUUUCAGCCUGGACAUCCUGCCCAAACUCAAAGAUGUCAAGAGCAGUGACAGCAUGAAAAGUCUUCUGUCUUACAUUGUUGCAUACUACCUCAGACACUUUGAUGAGGACGCUGGCAGAGAGACGUGUGUGUACCCACUCCCUGAGCCUCAUGACCUCUUCCAGGCUUCACAGAUGAAGUUUGAAGACUUUCAGAAAGACCUGACCAGACUCAGGAAGGACCUAAGAGCGUGUACAUCUGAGGUUGAAAAAGUGUGCAAGGUUUCAGACGAGGAUAACCUGCAGCCUUUCAAAGACAAGAUGGAUGACUUCCUUGCGCAAGCUAAAAGUGAACUGGAGGCCCUGGAAGCUCAACUCAGCAGCACUCACAAACUGUUCCUGGAGCUCACAGUGUUCUUCUCAGUGAAGGCCAAGGCAGGAGACAAGGAGGUUACACCCAACACUGUCUUUUGCAUCUGGCACGAGUUCUCCUCUGACUUCAAGGAGCAGUGGAAGAAGGAGAACAAAGUCAUUCUCAAGGAGAGGUUAAAAGCAGCAGAGGAGUGUUUCCGACAGGCCAAGGAGAAAUCUGCCUACAGCGUGAAACCCAAACAUGCCACUGGCAUCAAAGCCAAGCUUGGCAUGAAGAUUUGAAUCAGUGGACUUGGAGCGAUUGUCAUCUCGACUUUGGGCACCAGCAGUGAGUCAAAAGAGACAAAAGAGUACUAAUAAGACAGAAGAGAAAGAUGAAGGGACAGUUGAAAUGUGAACUUGUGGACUGAAGGUGCAGCUGAGCCUACUCUUGUUGUUGAAUCCAUGUAUUUAUUUUUUCAGUUUUGCUCUGUCAGCCUGUUGCCUUAUGUUGCAGUCCCCUCCAGCGGUCAGAUCCCUCAAUCCAACACAGUGAUGACUGGAUGCUGCUGCAGGGCCACCAGACACAAGGAAUCAUCUCACAACAGCUCUGACACAUUAUACAGUACACAUCAGCCACAUCAGCUGUACUAACAGCAGACUGUCUGUGCAGGCCAAUACGCCUACAUUUAUAAAAUAAUGAAUGUGUGACUUAUCAGCAGGAUGGUGAAGGAUAACAGUAAGCCUACAUCGUUCAAGGAGCAAUAAAAAUGUUGAGCACUUACUCCCUGUUUAUCUCCAUAAACAAACAUCAUGCUCAGUAAGAUGCGAUGUGAUGAAGACAGCACUGGAAAACCUUCAGUGCUACUGAAAAAAAACGAAAACAGGUUCUGUACAGAGGUACAUAUUUAUUGACCCCUGGGGGCAGCAAACACACCUUUGGCAGGUGUAAAUGUGCGACGACAGCAUUGAUGCUGUCAUGUUUUUUUGAUGAAUCAAGACAGUUGUUUGUCUUCAGAUAUGGUCAUACUAAAUUCAGGCUCAAAUGUUAUUUUCAACACUACAUGAAGAAUGCAUGCCCCUGCUUUUAUCUCCUGCGUCACCUCCAGCACAUGAAUGCAUAACUUCCUGUGAAUUGACUGUGUGUGUGGGUUGUCAUUUUUGGGAUUGGUAUCUUAGACUCUACACUAGCAACAGUGAAUAACAAUGUGGUAACCGAAUUUACCGUCACACCAUAAAUAGAAUAUCGGACCCAUUUUUUUUCAUAUCAUGAAUUCAAACAGUAAAAUGAGUUUAAUUAUCUCCUCACCCGCGUCCUGAUGGAAAGUCAGGUGAAGCUUCAUAGUGCACGAAACAUUUCUGGAGCUUCACAGCAAAACAGCUACAGAAAUGUUUUGUGGAAGAAGACACUUCACCUGCAUAGCGGUGAGGAGUCGGCAAUGGGUUACCUUCAACGUAAGAAACCCAUUGCACUGGGCUUAGAACAAUGGAACGCUCAGAAAGAUGUGAGGCUGUAAGACAAAACUCUACUAGAACAAAACAUGUUUAUCUGCAGUAACACUGAUUUCUCUGGCCGAGCACAAAAAUGCAGACACGUUUCCUGUCAUCAUUUGUUUGUUGUAGUUGAAAAAAUAAAACAAAAAUGGUUUUGGAAAACAGCUUUUAUUUCACACAUAUACUGUUUUGAUCCAGUUGCAAAUCACCCCAUGCAGAAAUGCUUUUGUUCUAUGCUAUAUUCCAAGGCUGGCCUGUAUGUUGUUAGUUUAGAUUAUUCCCCCAUAAAUGGUGAUAGACAUGCAAUACACUGGACAAUUGCAACCCAAUGGAAGUGGCACUUCUUUAGCAUACAACGGAAUGGCUGUUAAUCAGUGGUUACAAAUCUGCCUAAUGUUAGGUUGUCAUCUUAUAUUUUCUACAGCCCUAAUAUUUUGAUAUUCUCCAAAAGAUUUGGUCAUCAUCUGAUAUCGGCACCAUUGUUCCAUAUUAUGUGUUUUCUGAUUGAACCAUUUAAAAGAUUAAAUAUUUUGAUCAAGACUGUGCAGCUUUUGAGAGGCGGGCCCGCUUGCCUGUAUAAAUAUCUUGAAAUAUCAGCAGCCAUUGAAGUGAAAAAAGGACAAGUGUGACUGGAAUUGAUUAGCAGCACUUGUGGACACAUAUAUUCUGGUGAUCAUGUACAAUUAUGAGUGAGAAUUUCAAACUGAUGUGUUGAAAAGCCACAGAAAUCUCAGUUAUGCCGGACGUCAGACAUGAACUUCUACACACUACCACACAGCUGUCCGGGAUUCUACAUCCUGAUUGUCUAGUCAGAUUUAAUCAAACUCAGUAUGCAUUUUUACAGCAGUAUUGAUGGGCAGGAGACAAAUGUCACUGUAAACUUACAUGUGUAAUUUUAAUGUAUGUGCAAUGAUAGGCCAUGUCAUAUACUACAUUUAAGUGUGUGUGUGUGUGUGUGUGUGUGUGUGUGUGUGUGCGCGCGCGCGCGUAUGUGUGAAUGUUCUCAUCGUCUGGUUGAUCACAUCUUUAUGGUUGAAUGCUACGUGAUGAAGGAUGUGUUUAGUGCAUUGGAUUACUGCUAUGAUAUUUUGUUGCAGAACUAAUGGCUUUAUCAGUGUAAAGUAAUAAACUGUUUGAAAAAAGAAAAAAGAUGAUUGUGAGACACAUUUUGUGUUUCAUUCACUGAUGUCCUCUCUUGGCCAGCAUGAUACUGUCAACAGGAACUUGAAUAUGUUGUAACAGUUUCAUGUGCAAUAAAUGUUUCUGUAUACAUGUAUAUGACCGAGGAUGCAUUGGAUGAUGGGAGCAGUGUAAUUUAUGUAAAAUAAAGAAUCAUUAA